CUUGUGGUUGCAGGAAAAAUAAACAACAAUGAAAUAAAGGAGAGAAGAAAACAAUUGGAGAACUCAGUGGUCUCACUGCAAAUGGGUUUCACAGAUAUCCGAUAAUUAUCGAUUUUAUCCCUAUAAUUGUAAAACCAAAAAAACAGAAACUUUUGGACACCUGGAAAAAGAUGUGGGCUUAUUUGACAAUCCAGCAACUUUUGGACAAGGCCGACUCAUUGGAUAAAACUGAAGAGAGAAACCAAACAAAAGAAAAAGCUCUUAACCUAGCUUUACAGUACUCUUUUGUGACUCCGCUCACUUCUCUUGUUGUCGUCAAACCGAACGAAACUGAGUCUGCUGUGGACACGACACAAGUGAAACCUGGUUCAAAUGACAUGUUGGGAUAUGCUCCAAUAGGAGUAGCAGCUUUUGGUGCUUCACCAGGAGGCUUUGGUGGUUCAGCAGCAAGCUUCAGUUCUUCAUCAGGAAGCAGUGCUUUUAGUCCCCAGUACUCAUUACUCAUGCCUAUGCCUAUGCCUGCAUGUGAGUUUCCUCUUCAGUUUAAAAUAUUUGAAAUGUUUUGUAAAUGGAAAGUGACAUUCUAUGAGGCAUAUCCAGAAAUUAAGUGUAUUGAGGCUCUCACAGCCAGAAGGAUUUUUUUUGACAUGUUGGCUAUACUGCCGUGUAAUCUGAUUCCUCCCCUCUGCAAUGAGACUGGUUCAAGGUUAGUAUGUUGUGAACUGUCAAUGUGACAAUAUUUUUUGUGA